AAUGAACAACAACAAACUCAACUGGCCACACAAGCGGCUCAGGUAGACACAGGAAGAACGCAAAUAAAUGAGCUUCGCCAGACCGUAAGUUUUGUUUUGUUGUUAGUCACCCCCUAUAACUGCAAUGUAGCUGCAAUAGAUGGCCAAUAUAGCAGAAUGAAACUAUACUGCGGCUUAUUGUGGAAUACUACCUACACCGAACCACAACGUUUGAUAUAUCUUUUUCAGGUAUAGUUCAGACACAAACCACGACAGCUUUUUGUGGAAUACUACCUACACUGGACCACAAAUUUUACCUUGAGAUAUCUUUUCAGGUAGUUCAGACAGAAACCACGGCAGCUUAUUGUAGAAUACUACCUACACUGGACCACCACGUUCGUGAGUUGUCUUUUUCAGGUAGUUCAGACACAAACGACGGCAACUUUUUGUAGGAUACUACCUACACUGGACCACAACGUUUGAGAUAUCUUUUUCAGGUAGUUGCAAAGUAGUGGCAGGUAGUUUUCGAAUCUGUAGAUACAGUUGUCUGCAUGUAGUAUAAAUAAAUUUAUAAAUCAAGUUCAGACGUUACAAAGUUUGUUGAACAAUUUCUGCAUCGCAUAAAUAAAGUUAGUUUAGUUUUGUUGCUCACAGAAAGCAAAACAAUUACUAUAAUAUACUUAUUGCUAUACCAACUAACUUGUGCACAUUCUUCUUUUUUGUUAUAUGCGCUUAGAAUGAACAACAACAAACUCAACUGGCCACACAAGCGGCUCAGGUAGACACAGGAAGAACGCAAAUAAAUGAGCUUCGCCAGACCGUAAGUUUUGUUUUGUUGUUAGUCACCCCCUAUAACUGCAAUGUAGCUGCAAUAGAUGGCCAAUAUAGCAGAAUGAAACUAUACUGCGGCUUAUUGUGGAAUACUACCUACACCGAACCACAACGUUUGAUAUAUCUUUUUCAGGUAUAGUUCAGACACAAACCACGACAGCUUUUUGUGGAAUACUACCUACACUGGACCACAAAUUUUACCUUGAGAUAUCUUUUCAGGUAGUUCAGACAGAAACCACGGCAGCUUAUUGUGGAAUACUACCUACACUGGACCACCACGUUCGUGAGUUGUCUUUUUCAGGUAGUUCAGACACAAACGACGGCAACUUUUUGUAGGAUACUACCUACACUGGACCACAACGUUUGAGAUAUCUUUUUCAGGUAGUUGCAAAGUAGUGGCAGGUAGUUUUCGAAUCUGUAGAUAGACUUCUCAAUAGUAUAAAUAAAUUUAUAAAUAAAGUUCAGACGUUACGAAGUUUGUUGAACAAUUUUUGCAUCAUAUAAAUAAGAGUUAUAGUUUAGUUUUGGUUUCUCACAGAAACCAAGACAAAUACUAUAAUAUACUUAUUGCUACACAAACUAACUUGUACACAUUCUUCUUUUCUGUUAUAUGCACUUAGAACGAACAACAACAAGCUCAACUGGCUACACAAUCGGCUCAGCUAGACACAGGAACAACGCAAAUAAAUGAGUUUCGCCAGACCGUAAGUUUUGUUUUGUUGUUAGUCACCCCCUAUAACUGCAAUGUAGCUGCAAUAGAUGGCCAAUGUAGCAGAAUGAAACUACGGUGGCUUAUUGUAGAAUACUACCUACACUGAACCACAACGUUUGAGAUAUCUUUUUCAGGUAGUUCAGACACAAACCACGGCAGCUUAUUGUAGAAUACUACCUACACUGGACCACCACGUUUUAAAUAGUGAAAUAAGUCGCUGAAAAGUAAAAAAUACAAAACUCCCCGUCGUGGACAAAUAACUUCAUUAUUGUUGAUAUAGUAAUUCAUUUUACUGGAGAAAAUUCAUGAAGUCAUAACACAGAGCUAAUUAAGUCAGCUGACUACAGUAUUGUAAUUCAUGCCCCAUGAUAGAGUUUUCUUCAGUAAUAACACUAAUCCAAUAAAGGGAUUGUUUUUACUCGACUUGUAGGAAAAAUAGUGUAGAACUAAUUUGUCGAUUCGCAAAGUAGUUGGCAACAUUUUUUCACCUGAAUUUUAACCAACUGAAGGUAAUCCUUGCCUGCCUACACUUCACUUUAAUAUUAUAAGCAGUCUCUGUUGAAAAUGUAAAGUAGUGGCAAGUAGUUUUCGAAUCGGUAUAUAGAGUUAUCUAGUAUAAAUAAUUUUUUAAAUAACGUUCAGACGUUUUCUGAAUACAAAGUUUGAUGUGCAUCACAUAAAUAAAGUUAGUUUAGCUCUGGUUGCUAACAGAAAGCAAAACAAUGAAAAUACUUAUCGCUAUACAAACUAACUUGUACACAUUCUUCUUUUCUGUUAUAUGCACUUAGAACGAACAACAACAAGCUCAACUGGACACACAACACGUUUUACAUAAUGAGCUUCGCCAGAUC